AUGUUUGCCUUCCUCUCGCCCCUUUCUUCGUCGAUCGCCGCUCCAGCCCUCGGCCCCAUCGGACACGACCUUCAUAUCAACAGCGAGAUUGAACUUCAGCUGGUCCUUUCAAUAUUUCUUCUGACGUAUGCCUUCGGACCUUUCAUCUUAUCGCCAUGCUCGGAAAUAUGGGGACGCACGCCUAUCGUCAGAGUUGGCAACAUCAUCUUCAUCCUGUUCACCACUCUAUGCGGCUUCGCCACAUCGAAGGGACAGAUCAUAGCAUUCCGGUUCAUGGCCGGUAUUGGGGGAAGUGCAACAACAGGAAUGGGCAGUGGGGUCCUGACGGACUGCUGGCGGCCAGAAGAAAGGGGCAAAGGACUUGCCAUGAUGCAGCUUGCACCAGUCAUAGGCCCUGCUGUCGGUCCCAUUGUUGGCGGCUACAUCUCACAAUACGCCAGCUGGCGUUGGGCUUUCUGGACUGUUGUUCUCGUCAACGUCUUCGUACAGAUCAUUGCCUUUUUCCAACUCCGGGAGACCUAUGCACCUCGGCUUCUCGUUUUGAAAGCUCGGAAACUCCGCCAAAGUACAGGAGAUCCCUCAUACCAGGCGGCCACUGAGUUACAGCAAAAGACACUCGCCAGUGUACUUCGAAUCAGCCUGUCUAGACCAUGGAUCAUGCUGGGGACACAGCCAAUCAUCCAAAGCCUAGCAUUACUACAGGCCUUCAACUUCGGUCUCCUCUAUCUCGUUAUCUCAAGCUUCCCGACGUUAUGGGAAAAGCAUUACGGCUUGGAGAAAGGGCGAGCCAGCUUGAACUACAUCUCAAUCGCGACAGGGUCCCUAGUAGGAGUACUCAUUUGUGCACCAUCCAUGGAUAUCGUUUACCGGAGACUGAAGCACCGCUUCGGUCUCGGUAAAGACCAGCCCGGUAUUCCCGAAUUCCGCAUCCCGUUGAUGAUCCCAUGCUCAUUGGUAACGCCUUUGGGUAUUCUGUUGUUUGCUUGGUCAGCACAACAGAAGAUGUAUUUUUUGAUUCCCAAUGUUCUUGUCAUUGGCUGCGGUGUUGCCGGGCCGGUCGUUGCGUGUUUAUUGAAGCAGAAGGGCUACGAGCCCAUCAUCUUCGAGAAGUCCGAAGCCCCUGGAGAUGUUGGAGCAUCUCUCAUGAUCUGUCCAAACGGCCUCAAAGUCCUCAACUUGAUAGGUCCCCUACCCGACAAGCUGCUUCAGAACGGUCCUCCUGUGUUAGAGUUGUGCGACUACAAGGCUUCCGGAGAAGUGCUCGGCAGAUCUGAUAUGCCAAACGAGUUUGCCAAGCGAUACAGCCAACCUGCCGUUGGUAUUAAACGGACACUUAUUACUGCUUGGCUGAGAGAAUUGGCCCAGGAGAAGGGGAUAGAAGUCCGAGAGGGUUGGAAGUUGGAGCAAAUUAAAGAAAACGAGAACUCGGUCACGGCAUUUUUCGAAGGAGACAAAUAUGAGGUCGGCAGCUUCUUAGUAGGCUGCGAUGGACUGAAAGCGGCGACUCGAAAAAUCCUUCUGGCGCGAGGCGGCAUAGAAGAGGGAGUGCCUUCCUUCACUGGGCUGACGCAGACGGCAGGGAUUUCUCCAACUCCAGAGGCCUUCCGGAAAAGUCCCAGCUUGAGCAACUGGUAUGGUGAACUAAGCCACGUCAUCUGCUACCCUAUCACGCACGACAAGUCGUCAUGGGCUCUCACGCUGCCUGGUAAUGAAGUAGAAGAAGCUUCAUGGGGUCUUUUCGACGAUGAAAGGAGAGCUGUCGAAAAGGAGAAGAUGAACGAGAUACUCAAUCUAAAAACCUGGGAUCCGGUCGUACUAGAACUGGUGAGCUCGGCGCAGAGGCUUAUGAAGUAUGGCAUCUACGAUCGACCUGAGUUGUCCGCCGAUCAGUGGUACUCCGGCCGUUGCGUUAUGGUUGGCGAUGCCGUGCAUCCAACUAGUGUUCAUCUUGGGCAAGGGGCUAAUCAAGCUUGUGAGGAUUGCUACUAUCUGUUCGAGAAGAUGCCCAACUUCGAGACCACAAGUGCUUUGUCGAAUUCAAUUCUUACUGAAGCUUUCAAGUCGUAUGCGGCAAAACAGCAGCCACAUACUUCAACGCUAGUAAAGGGGGCACGAAUGAUAGGCCAGGCUCGAGUUGCAGCCCCUGAGUUUUGCUCUCAACGUGAUGAAACCAUCUCGAAGAGCAUGGCAGACCGUGCAGCUCUACAAGAAAAGUUCGAUUUCAUGUAUUCUCGGCCAUUUUAA